CCUGAGUUGUGUGCGUCGGCAACGGUAGUGACGCGUAUUGCCCAGAGGAUGGCGGACGCCGGCUUACGCCGCGUGGUUCCCAGCGACCUGUAUCCCCUCGUGCUCCGCUUUCUGCGCGAUAACCAACUCUCGGAGGUGGCCAAUAAGUUCGCCAAGGCAACAGGCGCUACGCAGCAGGAUGCCAAUGCCUCUUCCCUCUUGGACAUAUAUAGCUUUUGGCUCACCAGGUCCACUAAAGCUCCAAAGCGGAAGUUACAAGCAAAUGGGCCAGUGACUAAGAAGGCUAAGAGGAAGACUUCAUCCAGUGAGAGCAGUGAAGACAGCAGUGAGGAGGAAAAAGCCCAAGGGCCUCCAGCUAAGAAAGCUGCUGUACCUGCCAAGCGUGCCAGUCUGCCUCAGCAUCCCGGAAAGGCUGUAGCCAGAGCGUCAGAGAGCAGCAGCAGUGAAGAAUCCAGUGAGGAGGAGGAGGAAGAGGACAAACAGAAGAGGCCUGUCAAGAAGGGAGUUAAGCCCCAAGCCAAGGCAGUCAAAACUCCUCCUAAGAAGGCUGAGAGCUCUGAUUCCGAUUCUGACUCAAGCUCAGAGGAUGAGGCACCAAAGAACCAGAAAACAAAGACACCACCUGUGGCAACUAAAGUUCAGGCUAAAGCCCCAGCCAAACCAGGCACACCUGCUCGAGCAGCACCUAAAGUAGCGAAUGGUAAAGUAGCUAGCAGUAGUAGCAGCAGCAGCAGUAGUAGCAGCAGCGAUGACUCGGAGGAGGAGAAGGCAGCAGGCGUCUCCAAGAAGACUGUACCUAAAAAGCAAGUGGUGGCCACAGCCCCAGUGAAAGCAGCUGCCACCCCUGCCCAAAAGAGUUCCAGCAGUGAGGACUCCUCCAGUGAGGAGGAGGAAGAGGAGGAGCAGAAAAAGCCUGUGAAGAAAAAACCAGGUCCCUAUAGUUCAGUACCCCCGCCUUCUGCUCCCCAACCCAAGAAGUCCCCAGGAACCCAGGCUCCCAAGAAAGCUGCAGAGAAGAAACAGCCUGAGGACAGCAGUGACGACAGCAGUGAUGAGUCUGAUUCAAGCUCUGAAGAAGAAAAGAAACUACCAGCUAAGCCAGUCAUCUCUAAAGCAGCCACUAAACCAGCUCCAGCAAAGAAGGCAGCAGAGAGCUCGUCAGACAGCUCAGACUCAGACAGUUCUGAGGAUGAAGCUCCUGCCAAGCCAGCCAUUACCACCAAGAAUCCCUCAAGUAGGCUGGCUGCCACUCCCAAGCAGCCUGCAGCUAAACCAGCCACAACUCUCAAGCAGCCUGCAGGCAGUGGCCAGAAGCCUCUGACCAGAAAGGCUGAUAGCAGCUCCAGCGAGGAAGAGAGCAGUUCUAGUGAGGAGGAGGUGGAAAAGACGAAGAAGACUGUGGCUACCCCUAAGCCCAAGGUGAUGGCCAAAGCAGCUCUGUCUGUGCCUGCCAAACAGGCCUCUCAGGGUGGUGAGGAUAGCAGCUCUGAUUCAGACAGCUCCAGCAGUGAGGAAGAGGAGGAAGAGAAGACAUCUAAACCCCCAGUUAAAAAGAAGCCACAGAAGACAGCAGCUGUAGCCCCUUCCAAGCCAGCCUCCACAAAGGCAGUAAAGGCCGAGAGCAGCAGCAGUUCUUCUGAUGACUCCAGUGAAGAGGAGGAGGAGGAGGAGGGGAAACCCAAGGGCAAGGGUACUCCUAGGCCACAAGCCCCCAAAACUAAUGGCACCUCUACACCGACUGCCCAGAAUGGAAAAGCAGAUAGGGACAGCAGUGAGGAGGAAGACAAGACCAAGGCAGCAGUGGCAGUUUCUAAGCCAGGUUUAGGAAAGAAGCGAAAGCAGAAUGAGGCUACUGUGGAGGCAGAGACUCCUCAAACCAAGAAAAUAAAGCCUCAGACCCCCAAUACAUUUCCAAAAAGGAAGAAAGCAGAAAAAAGGGCAUCAUCCCCAUUCCGAAGGAUCCGGGAGGAGGAAAUUGAGGUAGAUGCUCGAGUGGCAGACAACUCCUUUGAUGCCAAGCGAGGUGCAGCUGGAGACUGGGGGGAACGAGCCAAUCAGGUCCUGAAGUUCACCAAAGGCAAAUCCUUCCGGCAUGAGAAGACCAAGAAGAAGCGGGGCAGUUACAGGGGAGGCUCCAUCUCUGUCCAGGUUAAUUCGAUUAAGUUUGACAGUGAGUGACCUGUGGCCAUCCUAGCAAAGCAGGGGUGAUGAUCCGAGACUACUUACUUUCCCCAGUGGACCCGGGAGCUCUCAGCUCUAUUAGGGAAGGUAUUGGUAAGGACAGUGGUAUAGAAUAGAUCUGAAGACUUUGUAUCGGAACAUCCUCUCUGGUCCUUUUCUGUGUUUGUAGUUUUGUACAAAUUUGUUUGUGAGUGUUGAGUAGCAAGGACAAGGUAAGGGGAGUGUUCUUUUUAAAGAAAAAUUAGUUUUAGUUGUUAUCCCCUUCUCCCUGUUCUGUGGAAAUCCUCAUACUGAGAAAUUUGUAUAUUUUCUAUUAAAUCAUUUCCUAUUGAUUUUUGUUGUGAUUUUCGGAGGUGUGUUCCUGCAGAUUAAAGCUAUUGCCCAUGACAUAGUAAA